AUGAUUGCAUUAAACUGUAAUUUCUUAAUUAAUAACAGGCGACGCCAGUAUAUAGGAAAUGUCGUCCAUCAUAUAUGCCAGCCAUAUCCACAUAUUUACGUAACCUCCGAUUCCCACGUACUUGGAGCAAUAGCCAGCCAGAAUGGAUCGUUAAUUUGGCGUCAUGCAUUAGAAGAGAAUGCCAGGUUUAUGUCGACUGCACUGUGCAGUAAAUAUCUCUUCACUCUUUCCACAAGAUCUAAUCCACUUUUACGUGCAUGGAAUCCGAAAUCAGGCCAAUUACAUGCAGAGAUUCACAUUAAAAGUGACUCAAGUGAAGGGAAUUUGGUUUGUGAUAUGGAGAAGAAUGCCGUCUUUGUUGUAUUAACUGAUAAAAUAGUAAAAGUUGAUACAAACCGUCUCAUUAAAUCUGAUGAGAAAUCAUUUCCUGGUCAACAUUCGAAGUUAAUUGCUUCCAAGACUCAGGAUGGUAUUCUGAAUAUACUUUUAUCGUCUUCCCUCCCAACUAACUCAUUGAGUUUAAUCAAAUACAACACUGAAAGUAGUGCUGAAGGUGAAAACGAUUUGUCAGCAAUCUCCUUUCAUACUCCCUCAAAUGUGCAAUUUAAUAAGUGUAUCUUUACCAAAUCAGUUCUUAUUUGCACAGGAGUAGACUCACCUAAGCUUUUUUCAGUUGACAUGAAGGGAUCUUCUGUAUUCAGCUCUAUCGAUCUUCAAUCACAUCCAUUGGAUAUUUCCGAACCCGUGGACGGGAAAAUUUUUGUGAAAUAUCCAUUAGAAAUUGUUCAAGUUUUUACGGUUGAUAUGGCUACUAAUACAGUACGAUCGGAAUACAGUCUUGAAGGCGUUUCAGCGUUUGCAGUCAAUGGCGAUAGACUUAUCUGUGUUGAACAACUUUUUGAUAAGCCAUUCGAGAACCUUCAGAUAACUUCCUUUGAUAUCAGAUCAGGCUCCAAGAUCUCAGCACUAUUUCCAGCAUUCCUAAAUCUCUCCAGCAAUCACGGUGCAGUUAAGGGAAUUGAUGUUCUACCUGGUGAAAGGGGGGGUCUAUUGGUUUUCACGGAGGAUCGUGCCGUCCAAUUGAUAUCAAAGGAAGGUGAAGAAGUGUGGAUAAGGGAAGAGUCGCUUGCCGAUAUCGUAUCUGUGGAAAUGAUUGAUCUCUCCGUCUCACCACAAGAAGCCACCAUGCAGGAAGAGUUCGGCCAAAGUGAUGCCAGCGUGAUCGAACUCUUCGUAAACCGAAUUCGUUCGCAAUUUCACCAAUUGGUUCCUGCCUUAAAAUCGUGGGGAACUGUUAAGACCUCCUCUUCAUCUUUUGAUAAUGCCAACGAUUUUACGCCACUAAUUCGAGAUGACUACAAUUUGCACAAAAUGCUUGUGAUUGUUACUUCAGUUGGAAAAAUAUUUGGAAUUGAAAGCUUUCGAGGACGAGUAAUGUGGGAGUACUAUAUUCCAGGCACCCGAAUUCCUGUUAAUUCCUCCUCCCAACAUCUCUUUGCUCAGCGUUCAACUGGUCACUUUCCUCUCACUCCAGUUAUCUCGGUACUUCUAGAGGAUUCCUCCUCCCAUUCAAUUCUCCUCUAUCUCGAUCCUAUUCUCGGUGUUCCGCUGAAUGCCAUGACCCUCAAACCAGCAGUUGAUGAAAAGGAAGCAGUUGUCAAACUUGGAUCCAGAGUAAAAAUAGCUGCUUUGGUACCAAGUUCUCCUGUUGCUGAAUUAGCUUUUGGAACUGGAGAUGGUGAAGCAGCCAAUCACGUUCAAGCCCUUUGUGUUAUGAUGGAAGACCUAAAGGUACAAUUCAUGCCACCAGCUCUCGCAAACGUGAAACCCCAAGACCUACUUCCUGAAAAUGGUCUUUUCCUCUAUACACUCACUUCUCGACCCGCUGGCGUCACUGGCUACAAAGUGGUUGCUUCCGGCAGUGGCAUCACCACGAAACAGAUCUGGCACAUGCACCUCUCCUCAGAUGACUGCCCCCAACGUAUUCUACGUGCCGCUGCUCAUCCUUCAAAUGAACAUGUGCACUCAAUCGGUCGAAUUCUUGGCGAUAGAAAUGUGAUGUACAAGUACAUUAACCCAAAUCUGCUGGCUGUCAUGACGGAGGGCGUCAGUGCAGUGAAGGGUCUUCCAACCAUCUCUCUUUACUUAAUCGACACAGUGGUUGGACAGAUUAUUCACUCGGUUGUCCAUCGUAAAGCUGCCGAACCGACUAGUCUGGUGGUCUCUGAAAACUGGGUUCUUUAUUCUGUCUACAACCAGCGUUCCCUCCGAACCGAAUUUACCGUUAUGGAACUAUUUGAACCCAAACAAACCACCGAUAACCUUGUUCCUAGCCCAUGGGAAAUAAUGAUCAGCAGUCUUCUGCCUUCCACCGGUUCGGCUUUCUUCGACAAGAGUGACAAGCACAAUCACUUCUCUUCCUUCAGCAGAGCAGCUCAUUCAGCUCAUGGCGGUAAAAAUGAGGGCGUCCUUAUUCCUGACCUCCUACAGCGUGUCUUCAUUCUAGCCAGUCCUUUGCGUUCAGGUGCUCUAGCUGUAUCUCUUACUGAACGCGGUAUAACUGCCAAGAGCCUACUCUUUGGUUUGGAGGCUGGUAAUAUUCUUGAACUGCCAAAAUCCCUACUUGAUCCUAGACGCACUCUUGACCAUACUCCUCAACUCCAAGAGGAAGGAUUAGAAGCAUAUGCUCCGGAAUUGCCGAUGAGCACGCUUGCCAUCAUUUCGUACAAUCAAACCCUGGAGAGAAUUAAGCGUAUUCACACUGCGCCUUCUGGCUUGGAAUCUACUAGUCUCGUUUUUGCUCAUGGCCUUGAUCUUUUCUUUACCCGAAUUGCCCCUUCAAAGACGUAUGAUAUGCUGCGCGACGAUUUUGACUACUUGUUCAUCGCGACCAUUGUGAUCGGAAUGGCAGUAGCUUCCAUUGUUGCUAGGAGUUUUGCGGCGAGAAAGGAGCUGGCGAAGGCUUGGCGUUAA